AUGAAGUUACAUACUGCUGCUCUCAUCCUGAGCUUUUGCGCGACGACAUUCGCCGCGCCUUUGUCUCAGCGGCCGCCCGCCGGGCCCGAGCAGGGCGAUGAGGCUGCGGAGCCCCAGAAUGGCCAGAACCAGGAUCAAGGUCAGGGCUGGAGUCCCAUGAGCAUGAUGGGUGGUCAGCAGGAUGGCAGCAACCCCAUGGGAUCCAUGAUGGGAGGUGGCCAGGGUGGUCAGGGCGGAAACGCCAUGGGGUCGAUGAUGGGUGGCCAGGGAGGACAAGCUGGAAGCCCAAUGCCCUCGAUGGGAGGUAGUCAGCAAGGUGGAAGUUACCCCAUGGGUUCCACGUUAGGAGGUGGCCAGCAGGGCGGCAGCAACCCGAUGGGCUCCAUGAUGGGUGGCCAGGGCCAAGGCGGUCAAAGCAACAACCCCAUGGGAUCCAUGAUGGGUGGCCAGGGAGGACAAGCUGGAAGCCCAAUGCCCUCGAUGGGAGGUAGUCAGCAAGGUGGAAGCAACCCCAUGGGUUCCAUGAUGGGAGGUGGCCAGCAGGGCGGCAGCAACCCCAUGGGCUCGAUGAUGGGCGGCCAAGGAGGACAAGGUGGCGCUAGCCCUAUGAACUCCAUGCCAGAAAGCCAAGGCAAGGAUCAAAACAAGAGAUCCGAGUCUGGCAAACCCGCUCCCCAGCAGAACAACCAGCAGGCGAACCCCAUGAGCUCCAUGUUCGGCGGCAUGAUGGGUGGUGGCCAGGGCGGUCAGGGUGGCCAGAAAGGCGGUAUGGGAGGAAUGAACCCCAUGAGCAUGAUGGGCGGACAGGGCCAAAAAGGUCAGGAAGGUGGCAUGGGCGGUAUGAAUCCCAUGGACUUCAUGCGCCUGUUUGGUGGCCAGGGUCAGGAGAAGAACGCCAAACCAGCACCUGAGCACAAGUCCAACAAGCCCGCUCACGAAAACAAGCCCAAGGAGAACAAGCCUGCCCACGAGAACAAGCCCGCUCUCCCCAAGGACGAGAAGAAGCCUGCGCCUCCCGCUACCGCUCCUGAGAAGCAGGGUCAGAAUGGCCAGCAGGCAAACCCAAUGAACUCCAUGAUGGGUGCUGGCCAGGGCGCUAACCCCAUGGGCUCCAUGAUGGGCGGCGGCCAGGGUGGUCAGGGUAAGGGUGGAAACCCCACGGGCUCCAUGAUGGGAGGUGGCCAGGGCGGAAACCCGAUGAGCUCCAUGAUGGGUGGCGGCCAAGGUGGCCAGGGUGGCCAGGGUGGCAUGGGAGGCAUGAUGGGAGGCAUGGGAGACAUGGAAGACAUGGGCGACCAGCAGUAA